UUUCAAAAUCGCCGAAGCGGCAUGCGCACCCGUCUCGCGGACGCCCCAGAUCCACCGGUUCCGCUGGGAACCGACAUCCUUACCGGCUUCUCUCUCACUCCCCUCCGUGCUCUCUCCUCCCUCCCGUUGUCUUCCAAAAUUUAAAACCUCCCAAGCGAAGCGAAGAAAAAAGACAAUUUUUUCCAUUAAAAAAGUAGAGAGCCGCUCCCUUUGGCCUGCGCGAUUGGAGAUUUUGGGAGAAGGCGGCAGUGGCGGCGGCCGGAUCGGGGUGGCGGCGCGGUUUGGUCGCCGCUGUAGCGGAUGCGCAGCGGCGGGCUCGCCGGGGAGUGGGGAUUGAGUUCAGUCUUCACUCGCAAUGACAAGUGAAAAGGGAGGGACUUCGAAGGGCACUGAGGCUUCAUCUCAUACUGCUCCUCCUAAUGGAGGAGUCGGCAGCGAACCACAAAAGGGACGGUUGUUGAAUGGGAGGACAACCGGUCCAGCACGUCGCUCAACAAAGGGGAAUUGGACCCCGGAAGAGGAUGAAAUACUUCGCAAGGCUGUUGAGACUUACAAUGGGAAAAGUUGGAAAAAGAUAGCUGAAUGUUUCCCUGGUAGGACCGAUGUUCAAUGCUUGCAUAGAUGGCAGAAAGUUUUGAACCCUGAACUGGUCAAAGGGCCUUGGUCCAAAGAAGAAGAUGAAAUCAUUAUUCAGAUGGUAAAUAAGCUUGGGCCGAAGAAAUGGUCAACCAUCGCCCAAGCUUUGCCUGGACGUAUUGGAAAGCAAUGCCGUGAAAGGUGGCACAAUCAUCUUAAUCCCGGGAUCAAUAAGGAGGCUUGGACGCAAGAAGAGGAAAUUAGGCUCAUUCAUGCUCAUCAAACUUACGGAAACAAAUGGGCUGAACUGACAAAAUUUUUACCAGGAAGGACAGACAAUGCCAUAAAAAAUCAUUGGCACAGCUCAGUGAAGAAGAAAGUUGAUUCAUACAGAGCAUCUGGUUUACUGGCUCAAUUCCAGGGCCUAACUCCUGUUGAAUACCCUGCUGGUAGUUUAAAUGUUGAUUCUUCAUCUGCAAUGACCCAGCAAAAUAGUGAAGACAGUAGUUUCAAUGUUGUUCGGGAGGUAGAAGAUUCAACAGAGUUAAGUCAAUCAUCAAUUGCCAAGGUUUCUUGCUCUCAAGAGGAGCAAACUGAUGCGGCUUUAGGCUCUCAUUUGCAAGUACAUUUCCAUGAUAAAGGAGCACAUGAAUCUUACUCUUUGUGUCAGGAAGCAUGUUACACUAAUGCCAACAAUGUUGGUUCUGCUUUACCUGAGAUGCAUAACCAGUUAUCCACAUCUGAUAUUGAUCAAGAUAAACACAUGCAGCAGGAGUUUUCGCAGGGAAUGGAUUUGCACCUUGAGAUAGAUGAAGUGCCAAAUAAUUCUGCAUUGACAGGUAGUCAGGUAUCCAAUGAGCUUGCAGGUCAAUUUCAGUACACCCAGACUAUAUGUAAUUCAAAAAAUCAUGAAAGAUCUUUGAUACCAUAUGCUGUAACACCAGGUGUUCCCAUCCCUGUGUUACCUAGUGUUACUGGAUAUGAGCAUGACAUAAAUAUGAUGCGUGAAGUGGUCAUCAAUAAUGAGAAGUAUCUCCAGUCUGAACAGUGGCAGGACAUUUCCUUUCAAAAUCUUGUUUCUGCUCCAGAUCCUGUCAGUGCUAAUUCUUUCUCUAGUCUAAAUUACCAAUCAGGUGCAUAUUCAUCUGAUGCUGCGAACAAUUUUUCAGCACAACUUUAUCCACUGCAGACAUUGAACUCGUCAAGCAUGAUGGGCCCUGUAUGUUAUCAAAGCUCUGUACCAUCAGUACCAGCAACCUUCAUGUGUUCAGAUGGUGCUUGUAAUACAUCUGAUGUUAACUUUGAGACAAUUGACUUGCCUGUUUGUCACCAAGAUUUGGAGAUUAACACUUACCACAAUGCUUCAAGUGAUCCUGAUCAACCUUCCUAUGUUAGCAGCGAAGAUGAUAGACAUGAGACUUCUGAACCAAUGGGCAACAUACCAGAAUCUGAAAAGAAACAGCUGACUGAUGUUGAACAAUCAUGUUCAGAACCUAUCGCCGCCAAUAUUGGAAUAGACACAUCAUCAAAUCAUGGUGAAACUGCAGUAGGCAAAAAGGAGGACGCAGAAGCUUUAUGCUAUGAACCCCCUUGCUUUCCAAGUUUCGAAGUUCCAUUUGUUAGCUGCGAUCUUGUAGCUUCCAGUGAUCUCCCAGAAUAUAGCCCUCUUGGCAUUCGAGAGUUGAUGAAGUCAUCCAUAAACUUCACUCCAGUAAGAUUGUGGAGCUCCCCUGCUCGUGAUGGGAGUCCUGAUGCUGUGCUAAAGAGUGCUGCAAAAAGUUUUGAAUGCACCCCAUCAAUAAUGAAAAAACGGCCGAGAGACCUCUCAUCUCCUAGUCCUGAUGUAAGAACUGAAAAGAAAAUGAGCACUGGAAAGGGUAAUGGGAUUUCAGGCACGUCCUCUACAAGAAUUGAGACUUCUUGCCUGGAUGCCACUGGAGAUGAACCAGUUGGUUUUGUUUCACCUUCAGAAAGAACUGCAUUGCGGGAAAUGAAACUCAACCUUUCUCAUGAAAACAACAAAAAUCUGAAAGAAACCACUUAUCAGGAAGAUAAUGUAGGAAAUGCAAAGGGAAACCAUUUGGCAAAAGGGAAGAGAUGUUCCACUAUGGACAAGGAUUCCACUUACAAUUCACAUUCUGCAGGGAUUCUUACUCAGAGCAACGUCGACAAUCUUAAUAUACCUGGGCAUGGUCCAAAUCAUGAAAAUCAGAAACUAAAUAUGAGUGCAAAGGCUUUGUCUAACUCUAAAGAUAUAAUAUAUUCUAGAUCAAAACCAGCAGAACUCGUUGUUGAGAAAUCUUCACCAUGCAUUAGUGCAGAUUAUGAGUACGUGAAUCUAUUGGCUGAUACCCCAGGUAUUAAAAGAGGCUUAGAAUCUCCGUCAGCAUGGAAGUCCCCUUUGUUCACACCAUUCCAGGACGCGUUCUUCAUGAGCCCAGCAGGCAGAGCUUUCGAUGCCUUAGGAUUGGUGAAGCAGAUUAAUGAGGAGAGUGCUGCUGCUCUGGAGGAAGCGCAUGAGGUUCUGGCAAGUGGGAGUGCACGGAACCAAUAUAGCAAGCAAAACUCUGACAAGGAAAACAUAAAUACUACUUCCAAGAAUGAACUUGAAACAAGCAAGCUGCCAUCCAAAGUCAUGGCAGAAGCUCGGGUUCUUGAUUUCAAUGAAUGUUCCACACCAGUGAGGAAGAAGGACGAUACGAAAGUGGACAGCACUUUAGGAGGAUCCGCAAGCUCCCCGGUUGCUUCGUCCUAUCUCCGAAUGAAUGUCCGGUAGCCUUUCGAGGGAGACUGUUGAGGAAUGCUUCCUUCAACGCGUGAUCAGUAUGUACAUGAAUGUUGUUCCCAUUAAUUAUAUACCCUUUUUUUUGUCCCUUAUGAUAUAUACACAUUCCUCUUAUCCCCUUAUUCUAUUUAGUAUGUACUUUGUCACCUUAAAUGUCUAUUCUAGAAGGCAACAUAUUUUGUAGUGUUGAAACUCAGUCAUGUAUCAUUUAAAUUAACUUAUAUCUUAA